UUCGGCGGGGAUGCAGGAGUAGAGGGGGUUGAGCUGAUGAUGAGAGGAGUGGCACACUUGAAACUUCCCUGAGUGACGCGCCCGGCCGCCGCUCCUCCCCGUGAACAGCGGGCAAAAAAAGUUCCCCCGUUUCACUUUUAUUUCUCCUGAUGAAACGUUAGUUCGGCGGAGCAAGUUAGUUCUGAGACUUAUAUUAAACGUUUGUCCUUUCACGCCAGAGAGAAGUUUGGACAUGAAAGCACUCAACUGGUAGAAAAGUCACUUGAAUCUUUUCCCCCAAGUGCGGCAUCAUGAAGCCACUGCUGCGCUUCAGCGUGUCUUUUUGGACUCUCUUCAGCGCGCUGCUCCGGAUCUCCCAAUCACAAUGUAUCAGUCAAUGUGACAGCACUCAGACAGAAAACUUAACAACAACAACAACAAGUAUAACUUAUGGAAAUGAUCCAAACUGCAACUUAUCCAUUGGGAACAAUAUCUCUGGAAACGGUUCGAUAACUGGUUUGAUUCCUGGAACAGUCUAUCAAAUCUUCAUUAAUUGUUCCAACUGCUGCACAAAUACCACAACAAAGCCUGAAGUAGUCAUGAAUCUCACUGUCACUGGUUUUACAACAUCCUCUGUGUCUCUGAGCUCGACUGAACCAGAGGGAACGAGCUCUUUCUAUAUAGUACAGUGGACUAAUGGCAGUGUAACUGAGACUGUAAAUGUGACUGAAACAUCUACAACCAUAACUAACCUGACUGCUGGUGUUCAGCAUAAUGUAACUGUCACUGCAGUGACAGGUGAUGGUCUUACUGACGGACAGACUACCACUCUUUCCCAAUACACAAAGCCUGAUGUAGUCAUGAAUCUCACUGUCACUGGUUUUACAACAUCCUCUGUGACUCUGAGCUCGACUGAACCAGAGGGAACGAGCUCUUUCUAUAAAGUACAGUGGACUAAUGGCAGUGUAACUGAGACUGUAAAUGUGACAGAAACAUCUACAACCAUAACUAACCUUACUGCUGGUGUUCAGCAUAAUCUAAAUGUCACUGGAGUGACACGUGAUGGCAGUACGUACGGAGAGACUACCACUCUUUCCCAAUACACAAUGCCUGAUGUAGUCAUGAAUCUCACUGUCACUGGUUUUACAACAUCCUCUGUGUCUCUGAGCUGGACUAAACCAGAGGGAAUAAGCUCUUUCUAUAGAGUACAAUGGACUAAUGGCAGUGUAACUGAGACAGUAAAUGUGACUACUGGAACAUCUACAACCAUAACUAACCUGACUGCUGGUGUUCAGUAUAAUAUAACUGUCACUGCAGUGGCAGGUGAUGGCAGUACGUACGGACAGAGUACCACUGUGUCCCAAUACACAAUGCCUGAUGUAGUCAUGAAUCUCACUGUCACUGGUUUUACAACAUCCUCUGUGUCUCUGAGCUGGACUAAACCAGAGGGAAUAAGCUCUUUCUAUAGAGUACAACGGACUAAUGGCAGUGUAACUGAGACAGUAAAUGUGACUACUGGAACAUCUACAACCAUAACUAACCUGACUGCUGGUGUUCAGUAUAAUAUAACUGUCACUGCAGUGGCAGGUGAUGGCAGUACGUACGGACAGAGUACCACUGUGUCCCAAUACACAAUGCCUGAUGUAGUCAUGAAUCUCACUGUCACUGGUUUUACAACAUCCUCUGUGUCUCUGAGCUGGACUAAACCAGAGGGAAUAAGCUCUUUCUAUAGAGUACAACGGACUAAUGGCAGUGUAACUGAGACAGUAAAUGUGACUACUGGAACAUCUACAACCAUAACUAACCUGACUGCUGGUGUUCAGUAUAAUAUAACUGUCACUGCAGUGGCAGGUGAUGGCAGUACGUACGGACAGAGUACCACUGUGUCCCAAUACACAAUGCCUGAUGUAGUCAUGAAUCUCACUGUCACUGGUUUUACAACAUCCUCUGUGUCUCUGAGCUGGACUAAACCAGAGGGAAUAAGCUCUUUCUAUAGAGUACAACGGACUAAUGGCAGUGUAACUGAGACAGUAAAUGUGACUACUGGAACAUCUACAACCAUAACUAACCUGACUGCUGGUGUUCAGUAUAAUAUAACUGUCACUGCAGUGGCAGGUGAUGGCAGUACGUACGGACAGAGUACCACUGUGUCCCAAUACACAAUGCCUGAUGUAGUCAUGAAUCUCACUGUCACUGGUUUUACAACAUCCUCUGUGUCUCUGAGCUGGACUAAACCAGAGGGAAUAAGCUCUUUCUAUAGAGUACAACGGACUAAUGGCAGUGUAACUGAGACAGUAAAUGUGACUACUGGAACAUCUACAACCAUAACUAACCUGACUGCUGGUGUUCAGUAUAAUAUAACUGUCACUGCAGUGGCAGGUGAUGGCAGUACGUACGGACAGAGUACCACUGUGUCCCAAUACACAAUGCCUGAUGUAGUCAUGAAUCUCACUGUCACUGGUUUUACAACAUCCUCUGUGUCUCUGAGCUGGACUAAACCAGAGGGAAUAAGCUCUUUCUAUAGAGUACAACGGACUAAUGGCAGUGUAACUGAGACAGUAAAUGUGACUACUGGAACAUCUACAACCAUAACUAACCUGACUGCUGGUGUUCAGUAUAAUAUAACUGUCACUGCAGUGGCAGGUGAUGGCAGUACGUACGGACAGAGUACCACUGUGUCCCAAUACACAAUGCCUGAUGUAGUCAUGAAUCUCACUGUCACUGGUUUUACAACAUCCUCUGUGUCUCUGAGCUGGACUAAACCAGAGGGAAUAAGCUCUUUCUAUAGAGUACAACGGACUAAUGGCAGUGUAACUGAGACAGUAAAUGUGACUACUGGAACAUCUACAACCAUAACUAACCUGACUGCUGGUGUUCAGUAUAAUAUAACUGUCACUGCAGUGGCAGGUGAUGGCAGUACGUACGGACAGAGUACCACUGUGUCCCAAUACACAAUGCCUGAUGUAGUCAUGAAUCUCACUGUCACUGGUUUUACAACAUCCUCUGUGUCUCUGAGCUGGACUAAACCAGAGGGAAUAAGCUCUUUCUAUAGAGUACAACGGACUAAUGGCAGUGUAACUGAGACAGUAAAUGUGACUACUGGAACAUCUACAACCAUAACUAACCUGACUGCUGGUGUUCAGUAUAAUAUAACUGUCACUGCAGUGGCAGGUGAUGGCAGUACGUACGGACAGAGUACCACUGUGUCCCAAUACACAAUGCCUGAUGUAGUCAUGAAUCUCACUGUCACUGGUUUUACAACAUCCUCUGUGUCUCUGAGCUGGACUAAACCAGAGGGAAUAAGCUCUUUCUAUAGAGUACAAUGGACUAAUGGCAGUGUAACUGAGACAGUAAAUGUGACUACUGGAACAUCUACAACCAUAACUAACCUGACUGCUGGUGUUCAGUAUAAUAUAACUGUCACUGCAGUGGCAGGUGAUGGCAGUACGUACGGACAGAGUACCACUGUGUCCCAAUACACAAUGCCUGAUGUAGUCAUGAAUCUCACUGUCACUGGUUUUACAACAUCCUCUGUGUCUCUGAGCUGGACUAAACCAGAGGGAAUAAGCUCUUUCUAUAGAGUACAAUGGACUAAUGGCAGUGUAACUGAGACAGUAAAUGUGACUACUGGAACAUCUACAACCAUAACUAACCUGACUGCUGGUGUUCAGUAUAAUAUAACUGUCACUGCAGUGGCAGGUGAUGGCAGUACGUACGGACAGAGUACCACUGUGUCCCAAUACACAAAACCGGGUAAAAUUGCAUUACUUACUGUGGCCACAAACACCUCCUCCAUCGCUCUGACUUGGACCCCACCUCCUGGUCAGGUGGCCAAGUACAUGGUGCGCUGGCUUAAUGGCGGAGUGUCGAUGGUCAUAUACACAACAAUACCACUGCUGUAUUAUCCAAAACCUGCUGUGGUUAGAAGCCUCACCAUCAUCAACAUCACAACAUCGUCUGUGUCUCUGGACUGGACUGAACCAGUGGGCAACGUUACCUCAUACACAGUUCAGUGGAUUGGAGGAGGAGUGACCUUGAAUGACACCACAAGUGAAUCCUCCUUUACUGUCAACAAUUUAAUUCCUGGAUUCCAGUACAACAUUACAGUGGCUGCUGUUUCUGUAAAUUCCUCAAACACAGGAGACAGUACCUUAAUAAGUACCUUCACAAUCCCGGAAAAGCCUGGGAACAUUACGAUUACAGCACGAGGAACUAAUAAUCUGAGCAUCAGCUGGACUUUGCCCAGAGGGAGGGUUGAUAACUACGUGGUGAACAUCUCAAAUGGGGGAUUGAUUCCUUUGUACAGCAACAUAACAGCAAUGACCUCAGCCAGCUUUACUGGUUUAAAUCCUGGGAGAAUCUUUAUCAUCACAGUGACCUCUGUAGCUGGAAACUUCAGAGCCACUUCUGACCAGUCUUCAUUUGCCACUUAUCCCACACCUCCUGGUUCCAUCAUAAUCAGUCAGAGGACAAACUCUUCGCUCUAUAUAAAGUGGGCGACUCCUGCUUUGAUGGAGGGUGCUCCAAACAUCAGCUACAUAUCACCUACCAGAAUGGUGGCGUAUCACAAGAUGCAGACACCAAGUCAAUCAAACAGAGCUGUCUCUGCUUUCCUCUGGAACUUCCUACAAUAUAACUGUAGAAACAGUUGGACCCCAAAAUUUAAGGAGCACGGUUGUCCCUUAUUCUGCUACAACUCUAUUUUGCCCAACCCUGUAUUGAACCUUGUAGCCAGACCUAAAUCCACCACCUCAGUAGCAGUCACUUGGUCAUACCCUUAUGACUUCAAGUCAUAUUACACAUACUUGCUUCAAACAUACAAUUCUAUGGGAGCACUGAUUAACAACACAACAGUCAGCAAUAACAUCACUGAUGUACCAAACCUGGAGCCAGGAACUAGAUACAAUUUCACUGUCACAACGAUAGCAGCAACAGGAAGUGGAUCCACGGUGGAACAGACAUUCAGUUACACAAUGCCCAAAGCAGUGACCAACCUCACAGUGCAAGUUGUGAACACAACGUCCAUCCAGCUGACGUGGCUCAGACAAAGUGAUUAUAAGCCAACCUACUCCUACCUGGUGUUAGCGCUCAAGGACACCAUGAAGGUUCAGAAUACUUCAGUGCUGACUGAGACUUGCACCUUCUUCAACCUGACCCCUGGAGCAUUGUACACUUUUAAUGUAUUUACAGUAGUAGGAGGAGUCACUUCCGAAGUGGACAACACAUCAAGUUACACAAAGCCUGAUGUAGUUUCUGGCAUCGUAGCCAUAGGAAGCACAUCUAACAUGUCAGUGAGCUGGAAUAAUGCAUCUGGGCAGGUGGCCUCAUACGAUGUUCUGCUGUACAAAAACAACUCAUUGGAAAGAAACUACACAAAUCUGAGCAACACUACCGUAAACAAACUGUUUCAGGGCCUGAAACCAGGAGUGCUUUACUGUGUGGCCGUGGUCACCAAUAGUGGACCUUACAGAAACAGUUCACGUGUUUGCAAUGCAACCUUUCCCAACCCUCCUGGUCCCAUCAUGGUGGCAUCUCAGACUGUGGAGUCCAUCAACUUUACCUGGCCCUUUCCAGAGGACAUGGACUAUAAUCAGUACAACUUCACUGUGUCCAGCUUUAUGGGCUUGUUUUCAACUAAAAACAACUGGUUCCUGCUGGCCCUUAAGUCUGGAAGCUACUACAACAUAUCUGUUGUUACAGUAGGCGUGUGGAACUAUGAGAGCACAGAAGUGAUAGCAGAAAACUAUACCAGACCGUAUCCUGUAACCAUGCUGACACAGGCAGGAAUCACCACAAAUGCAGUGACCUUGAUGUGGGAGCAGCAGGAGAGCAAAUCUUACUAUUCAUAUGUGGUGCAGGUCUCCAACAGCUCCUUUAGCUCAUCUAAAGCAGUCUUGAAUACCUCAAUCACGAUCACUGGACUUCUCUCUGGUAGCAACUACAGCUUCACCGUCACAACUCAGACAGCAGAUGGCACUCAGGCAGCUCCUGUGACAGUGUGGUACUUUACACGGCCAUAUAGUACAAGCUGGUCCAAGGUGGAAACCUUAAACUCAACUGCUAUACAUCUGGUUUGGAUGAAACCGCUGGAUUACAAGAAUGGAUACACAUAUACGGUUACGACUACAGGCUGUGCCUCCAAAAACAUAACCGUCGCAGAAGAAGACACACUGAUCUCAGAGCUCACCCCUGGGACCAACUGCACCUUCUGUGUUUAUGUCAGGGCAGUGGAUGGCACCGAAGGGCAGGCAAACUGCACCUCUCAGUACACUCAGCCUGGGACAGUGCAACCCAGGAUCUCCAGCCAGGGCUCCAAUAGUUCAAUCCUGGUGUCAUGGACCAAACCUCCUGGGAAGGUGGAGUAUUAUAAUGUUUAUCUAAACGGGACGUCCACAGCUUUAGUGCUGAACUCUAUCAGUACCUCCUGGCUGUUUAGGAACCUGGCCGCUGGAAUACUUUACUCUGUCGUGGUAACCACAUUUAGUGGACCCUUCAAUGCAUCAUCUGCAUCAAUUACUAAUGCAACUUUCCCUAACGCUCCUGGGCCAGUUGAGGUCCUGACGAAAACAACCAGCUCCAUCACCAUCAGGUGGAGGGACGCUCCUCUGAUGACUGGUGCAUCAUUCUUCUACCAGCUGACUUACACAACCCAACAGGGAAGGGAAAACAUCUCCACCACCACCACCACCAAUUAUACCUUUGCCCCACUGCCUUCUGGGACUUCUUACAACAUCUACGUGGCAACAGUGGGUGUCAUGGGUUUUGAGAGUGGGAAGGUUCAGAUCCCCAUGGUCACCACAAGACCGUUCAGUGUGCGGUCUGUUAAUGCUACUACAGAAGAGAAGAACAUCAUAGUCAUGUGGAAAGAACCUGACGAAUACAAGGAAAGCUAUCGUUACAAUUUGACCUGGCAAAGCUCAGAUGGGUCCAUUAAUAGUAACAUAACUAAUAUAACCGAGUAUAAUAUCAGGGACCUGAUACCUGGCAGUCCCUAUAUCAUUAAUGUCAUCACACAGACCUCUGAUGGAACACAGAGUGCUCCAAAUUCGACUAGCUGCUGUACAGAUGCAAGUCCCGUGGAAACCGUUCAAUGUACUGGUCCGAACACAACAAACGCAGAACUCAUCCUGUCCUGGAACUGGCCCAAGGGCCAAUACUCUGACUUCCGGGUCACUGCAAUAAAGGAUGGCAAGAUCAUCAACACAUUAUCAUCAUCCUGUUGUAAUCAGACUUUCUCCAACCUCCGUCACCAUACUGAGUACAAUCUGACUGUGGAGACUCAGAGCUGUGGAAGCUCCAGCACCCCUUUUUCUUAUCUCUGCAGUACAGGCAUCACAAUUCCACCCAUUCCAGAUAACUUUGAGUCAUUGGUGAGAGUGAGUGAAAAGGUAUACAACAAGUUCUCUCUUAAGAUUGACUCCAGCCUGCUGAACAACACUAGUGGGCCAAUCACACAUGUUGGGGUGCUGAUGACAAGUAAUCUCUCUGAUGACACUUCUGAUUUUACAAAGUACUUGGGGAACACUUACUAUGAGUGGAAGGCAGGGAGUACUCCAAGAUACCUGGCAACAGUCAAAAAGACCAUCCAAACACGCAGCGAAGAAAAUCCUCUGAGCAUACAAGUAGGAGAUGGAUCUCAGUGGGAGGGCUACAUUAAUGGUGCUCUGGACGCCAGUCGAAAAUACCAAUAUGCUAUUGUGUUGUUCACCAGUCUGACUGUGCAAAACACGCUUGUGAAUGGUUCAUUGUCAUUGGUCUCAGUAACAAACUUCUAUCCUGUUAUUGAACUCCCAAUGAACCCAGCAAUUGGCAUUGCUAUUGGAGCAACACUGGGAUUUGUUUGCGUUCUCAUCGUCCUGAUCGGCUUCAUUAUCUAUUGGAAAAGGUUUUCCACGAAAGAAACAACAGACAUCCAGAUUCAAUCCAUGAGAGCUAAAGUAAGUGUGGCUGUGAGGGUGGAGGACUACGAGGCGUACUACAAGAAGCAGAAAGCUGACUCCAACUGCGGCUUUGCUGAAGAGUUUGAGGACCUGAAGCCUGUUGGCACAGUUCAGUCGAAAGCAAGUGCUCUGACUGUGGAGAACAAGCCAAAGAACCGCUACAACAACGUGCUUCCCUAUGACUCUUCGAGAGUGAAACUCUCUAUUAUCCAUGGAAGUCCAUAUGAUGACUACAUCAAUGCUAACUACAUGCCGGGUUACAACUCCAAGAAGGAGUUUAUUGCAGCUCAGGGUCCAUUGCCCACCACAGUCAACGAGUUCUGGAGGAUGAUCUGGGAGAAGAAUGUACGCACGGUGGUCAUGCUGACACGCUGCAAUGAACAGGGACGAGUAAAAUGUGAGCAAUACUGGGCUUCUGGGACCAAGCACUUUGACAGCAUCACUGUGACAACAACUUCUGAAAUACCACUUGAUGACUGGACCAUCAGGGACUUUAGUGUUAAAAAUGUGAAAACAGCAGAGACUCGUUCAGUGCGUCACUUCCACUUCACAGCCUGGCCAGAUCACGGGGUCCCAGAAACCACUGAGCUCCUCAUCAGCUUUAGACAUUUGGUCAGAGAGCACAUGGACCAAUACUCCAGACACUCUCCCACUGUGGUCCACUGCAGUGCUGGAGUUGGACGUACAGGUACCUUUAUAGCCAUUGACCGUUUGAUCUUCCAGAUUGAAAGGGAAAAUAUUGUGGAUGUGUUUGGCAUCGUCCAUGAUCUGCGCAUGCACCGGCCCCUUAUGGUGCAGACAGAGGACCAGUAUGUGUUCUUAAACCAGUGUUCCAUGGACAUCAUCAGAUCAAGAACUGGAACCAAUGUGGAUCUAAUAUACCAAAACACAGCUGCACUAUCUAUUUAUGAGAAUGUAGCACCAAAAAAAGGUUUCCCCAAAAACGGGUACCACAAUGCGUAGGCACCUGGAACCACUCAGGUCUUCUACUUCUCUCUUUAUUCAUAGCAAAUAACUGAGCAGACAUUUGUAAAAGGAACACCUUUAAUAGACUCUGCUGUAUUUAUUUUUAUACCUUUCACACCUUUGUUGUUGCUUUCUGGAUUUAAACCCCUAUUUUGUGAUAUUUAUUGUUAAAUGUUAAAUAUUUGAUAAUGGAGGUUACAGUGGACAUAAUCACUGACCAAAAAUAUUUGGAUUCUAUGUAACCUUUGGUCAAACAUACAAUUGGAUUCUCUCUUAUUAUUGCAGAUUUUUGGAUUGCUCCGUUGUUUUAAUUUUGUAUUAAUUUUCUGCUUGUUUACUACUGUAUAUGAUUUACGGAUUACAUUUUUUACUCAGGUAAUAUGUUGUAAGGUAUAUUGGUAUGAUUACAGACUCUUGAAAGUGAAAGAAAAAGAAAAUGCUGGAAUGAAUACGGUGCCUUUUUUAAAACCUUUGCUUUAUCACCAAUGGAUGGCCCUCAUUCAUUUUUGUUUUAAACUGAAAGCGACAAACAGGGAAAUGUUAUGAUAUUCCUUUGCUAAAGGCACCUUAAGAUGACAUUUCUCUAUAUAUCAUAUUUUAUUGAAGUCGGUUAGAUGCUCCAGCCAAUUCUUUUUGCAACUCUUAAGCCAAUUUGAACUGUGUAUUCACUUUUAAUGAAGGUGUUUUGUUGUUUGUUGUCAAUAUAUUUGUACUUGCUUGCACUGUAGUGAAUAAUGCACUGGAUGCAUUUGGCUUUCUACACUGUCCACUUUUUUUUUUAUCUAAAGAAAUGUCUUUUUUAUCAUUAUGGUGAUUACACUUUGGCCAGUGCUUUGUGAAACAUUUAGCUAUUCAGCCCACAUUUGAUUCAUACACUUUUACUUUGAUUGAUUAAGAGAUGAGAAGGAUCACAUUAAACAAAAGCCCUGGACCUCAAACAAUGAAAACUGAACAUUUUAAUGUGAGGUAUGAUCCAUACUACAACAGUGUGUACUUUGAAAAUCUUAGAAAUCAUAUCCAUUGCCUUUGUUUUGUUAAUGUCCUUCAUCUCUACAUUGUAUCUUUCUCAAAGAAACAACAACAUUAUGUCACUUCCUGCUGCAUAUGUGUCUGUGGACAUUUCCUGUCAUGUUAAAAUCACCAGAGGAGCACCUAAAGGCAGGUUCUUGAUAAUUGAUGUUUGUAGUGAGCCUAUAGAUAUCAAUGUUUUAUGUUUUUGUUUUAUUGUAUCAUGAAGUACUUAAAGGAGACCUAUUAUGCUUUUCCAUAUUUUAUGACUUAUCUACAAUGUUACAAUGCCCAGCAACAACAACAGCCUGGUAACAUGCUUCAGGUCUUGGCCAAUCAGAAGAUAGUGGGCUUUGAGGGGGGACUUAAAGAGACAAGAGCAUCUAUAGCUUGUUUCAGACAAAAGCUGAAAUGAAGGCCUACAUGACGAGCCAGAAUAAGAGAGAAAAUUAUUUUUUGAGCUUUGAAUCAUGUAAAGCUGCCAUACAGGAGUCACAGAACUAAAAUAUAGGACUUCAAAAGCAGGAUAAUAGGUCUCCUUUAAUCAUUGAAAGCACUUUAUAGCAAAUAGUCACACUUUUGAAAUGCUUUAUGCAAUGCUUGCAGGUACAAUGCAUAAAUGUUUAAAAUAUUUGCGUACCCUCCAAUCUGUAAAACAAAUGUGAUUAAAGAUAAACCCAAUGUUAUCUGUUAGAAUCA